CAGCCCGUCCCAUAUGCCCAGGAUGUGAGUAACAGAUGAUGAGCACAAGCUGCUGUAGCAACAAGUUGUAAAGUUGGGCUGCCUGCACCUUAACUAGGAAGGAACUGAACGGGGAGGGUUGUGUUGCAACCCGUGCACAACUGUCAUCGAAUUGGGUAACCUGACACUUUGGGCUGGGCACCCAGUACAGAUCUGGCUCAUCAGGAUCUCCACACUUGCACCUUGGGAUCCUCAGGUUACAGGAAGGUCUCGGCCAUUGUUUGGGGGGUAUUUUCAGAACUCUGCUGUGGGACAAGGGAAGGCAGCAGCCCAGAGAGUGCGGGGCCCCAGACAAGAAGAGGACUUGGCUAAUCCAUCAAGGGAUCAUGGGAAUUCUUUACUCUGAGCCAAUCUGUCAGGCUGCCUACGAGAAUAACCUGGAAGAGGUGCAGCUCCUUCUAGCAGAGGACCCCAAGAAUCUGAACGUAAAGGACAAGUUCGGUGAGGACACGCCGCUCAUAUGCGCCUGCAGGAAGGGACACGUGCAAGUGGCUAGUUACUUGCUCUCUAUGAAAGCCAAUGUCAACCUCACAAAUAACAAAGAGCGCACGUGUUUGCACUACGCCGUCAGGAGGAGAUUCUCGUUCCUGGAUUAUUUGAUCAUAAUAAUCCUAAUGCCUGUGCUGCUCGUGGGCUACAUAAUCAUGGUAUCGAAGACCAAGCAGAACGAGCGGCUGAUAAAGCUUCUGUUACAGUCAGGGGUGUCCGUCAAUGCUGUGGAUAGUAAAGGGAACACUGCGCUGCAUUACGCCUGCCGCAUGAAAAGCAAGUCUGUGGUGCCGCUUCUUCUGGAUGCUCAGGCCGAUCCCAACAUCAAGAAUAAGGAUGGGGAAAGUCCAAUCGAUAUCGCCGAGAGACUCGAAUUUGCAAAAAUCUUACAGAUGCUCAAGAAAUCCUCCUAAAUCCCAGAUAAUACCCACUGCCCUGGCUGCAAAAGUCUCUGCAAACUGUGGCUCCCCCUGCUGGUGAUUAGACAGAAGUGGAGAGAGUCAGUAGGGAUGUUACUAUAACCAACAUUUUAUCCAGCUUUUAAUAUUACACUGAGAUGAUUUAAUCUGUGGCCCCUGGAGGAAAUGCAUCUAAAAGCACCUGAUUCAUAUUCUUAUCAUAGACAUCUGGGAUAAAUGCUGGGAGUCAUAGGACAUUCAGGUUGGACAUCCAAUGGGGCCCCCAAAUCACUUAUUGCGCCCUUGAUUCUCCCUAAACCACAAACAGCAUUUGUUCUCGCCGCCUUAUUAUGGAAUAGGUGUAGGUGAAUUCUGAUUGGUGGGUUCUGGAGAGUGUUACACAGCAACAGACUGCAAUAAGAUUUCUGCUUUAUUUAUAUAUUUGUUCUCUAACAAAGGCAGCCGCUACUGGUUCCGCCUAUAAUUUGCUUAAAUAAAAAACUAUUUAUAAGAAGUGUUUCCCGUCAUUCAAUACACAGAGAGAACAGGAGGAAUAAGGAGUGUGGUGUGUGCAAGUGACAUUAAUAUCAGCAUUUAUAAAUACGCUGGCAUAUUGCUUCCCUUGGAAGUUGGAAGUAAUAAUAUAUAGAGCCCUUACUCAAGGAGCCUAUUUAUUAAUAGAAACUAUUUCUUGUUUUCUUUUCCCCCCUCCCACCCUAUGGCAGAAUCCAUUGUAAAGUUAAAAGUAGCACAGAGUUGAUAAAUAUGCCCCUUAAA